AUGAAAUUAUCUGAGACCUUUUACCAAAAUACCAACGUAACAGCAGUUGCCCGUAGUCUGCUGGGCAAAUAUUUAUUCACCCGUAUAAAUGGUCAGCUUACAGGUGGGUAUAUUGUAGAAACAGAGGCCUAUAAUGGCAUCAUCGAUAAAGCUUCACAUGCUUAUGGCAACCGCUUAACCCCGCGUACGAAGAUAAUGUUUGAAGAUGGUGGUGUUGCAUAUGUGUAUCUUUGUUACGGUAUACACGAAAUGCUGAACGUGGUAACUUCUGUUAGCGGCCAACCUCAUGCAGUGCUCAUCAGGGCUGUAAACCCAACUGAAGGUAUCGAUAUAAUGAUGACUCGGCGCAAUAUGGCUGUAAUUAAGCCUACCAUCACAGCAGGACCUGGCUCUGUUUGUAAGGCACUGGGGAUCUCGCGUAAGAUAAACGGCAUCAGCUUGCAAAGCAAUGUAUUAUGGAUUGAAGACCAAGGCUUGAAUAUUCCCGAUGAUCAAGUGGCUGUUGUUCCGCGUAUAGGUAUUGCUUAUGCUGGCGAAGACGCUUCGCUGCCAUACAGGUUUUAUGUGAAAGAUAAUGUCUACGUGAGCAAGCGUGUAACCAAGCGUGUAACCAAGCGUGUAACCAAGCGGAUAAAGGAAAUUGGAGAUACUAUUGGCACCUGA